AUGAUCGUUUCGAGACCAAUUUUCAAACACAUGUACCUUGAAUUUGUAAGACUAAGUGCGCCCUAAUGCAAUAAAAUUUUGUUCGAAAAUUAUUUUUCUAGUUUUCAAAUCAAACUAGAGACAACACUUUUGACCUCCCCGCGAUAAUAUUUGAUUUGUAUUUUUCUGCUCUCAAACUGUCUAUAAAAGGCGAUGUUUGACCGGAAAAUGUCAUAACACUCUACUAAUUUACUUGGUCAGCUUCAGGAGGUAAGAAAUCCUUUUCAAUUCUUCUCGUUUUACAAAAGUCUUUCAGUUUGUGAUGUCGACUUUCAACAUUCUUCUCGUCUCAACAGUUUUGCUUGGAUCUGCAGUUGCUGGUCCAUUAUAUGGAGUUCCAUCCAAUGUUCCACGUGUGAUUCAUUCGAUUCCACGUCAUCCACAUGGAUCAAACCCAUAUGCUCCACCACCUCCAACUCAACCAUAUGCUCCAGCUCCAACCACAACUAGCUCAACCACGACUACAACAACUACUACAACCACCACCACUGAGGCUCCAACAACUACCACGACCACCACAACCGAAGCUCCAACAACCACAACCACAACUGAAGCUCCAACAACCACAGUUGCUCAAGAUACACAAGGUAACUUCUAACUUCAGAGAAAUAGAGAUACGUGAAUUAAUCGUCCCCCGCGACCCUUUGAAUUAAGCCACUUUCCGAACCAAAUUGUUGAAAACGUUCUAAUCUAUCGAUGGUUUUUGAUCCUCGUAGAAUUAAAAUAUCCCAAAAUUUUGUUGAAGUUGAGAGCCCCUUCUUAACAUUAUUUUGUUUUUGAAGAGAGAUAAACCCAUUUUUCAGCUUACGGUACCGCUACCGGAAGUGCCGCCCCAUCACCAUAUGGUGCCCCAGUUACUGUUCCAACCACAACAACUACCACAACUGAAGCCCCAACAACCACAACCACAACUGAAGCUCCAACCACCACAGUUGCUCAAGAUACACAAGGUAAAUUGCGAUUUCAGAGAAACUUACAUUCAUGAACUUGUCAGGAAACUCUGUUUCGGAGCCAAAUUGUUUAAAACGUUUAUAGCAACCGAUAUAUUUUCAGCAUACGGUACCGCUGCCGGAAAUGCCGCCCCAUCACCAUACGGAGCUCCAGCUUCUGAUGCUCCAACAACCGUUCAAACAACAACAGCUUCAAACUACGUUUUGAAUGAGAAGGCCGCUGAAGCAUACUGGGCAACUGCUACAUUCCCAACCACUGUUGUGACUGCUGCUCCAACAACCACAACUUCAGCUCCAGCUUCAGAUGCUCCAGCCACAACUGCUGCUCCAUAUGGAACCGCUCCAGGAAACAGCGCCCCAUCCGCCUACGGAUCACCACUCUAA